ACGCGGGACAUGCGCGUUUGAUGACUGUAAACCAACCCGGCCAUCGGGAGUCUGCGAACGGGGGAAGAAUCAUCGACCCGUUUCGUCCCAUGUCUGUUAUCAGACGGCCAACAACAUGGCCACGAGAGCGGCGACGUUCGCUGCCAAGGUGAGGAAUCUGCACGAUUACCAGCUUCGACUUCUCAACAGCUCCGUCUCGCCACCAUCCGGUCACGAUGUAGCCAACACUCUUAAAUAUUUCUCUCAGAUGUUACUCGGCAUCUUGAAAGAUGUUCCGGAUUUCCCUCUUGUCAUGAUCUACAACAAAGAGCGCGAUUCCAAACGCAUGGCGCUCUUCCCUAGUUUGGAUUACAGAGGACUUUAUACUGUUUUGAUCCAGCUGCUGGAAGUCAUCCCUCUCAUUCAGACGGGUGUCGAUGUAUUGGGCCAAGCGCUGAUUAGCACGAUCCUGUGCGUCAUGCCGUUCAUCGAACAGGAUUUGAUCGAUAACCUACCGAGCCUUGUAGCCUCGUCUAUCGUUCACUUGCCCACGUCACUUCACGGCUACAUCGUUCAGGUCCUCUGCUGCUUCCUUCUACCACUUACCAUGGGUACUCCGCCAACGGAUGGCGUCUUCAACGUGAUCGAGCCUUCCAUUCCGGGAAUCAUCAUGGCCGUUCUGCAGUACACGAGCAACACAGCUUAUCACUGUCAAUUAAUGGAAACGCUCAUGUCGCUGAAGCCGGAUGUGGCUAAGGAUUUGCUCUGCGUUAUCGCUCACGGGACGUUGAAAGCUCGCGUGCCGGGCGCCCACCUUUUAUUCUAUUACUGGCCGUCCUUGAAUCCCACGCUGUACGACCGCCGCGGCGUCAACACGAAAUUCAACGGAUUCGCUCUUAACGGUUGGAAGCCAGUGCUCUGCCAGCGGGAAGAAUGCCUGAGCAGCGGAGAAGCGGCCGAAUCUAUCAAACUGUGCUUGGAUCAUCGUGUGGCCGUCAGCCAGCAGGGCAACAACGAGAAUGGGCCGCUUCUGGUCGUCUGCGCUGGAUGUGCUGACGAAAUCAAACGCAUAGACCCUCCCGCCAAUUUAACAGCCAAUGGCAACCAACAGCAGCCGGUCGAGCCUUUGGUCGAACUUCUUUUGCCCAUGCUUCAAGUGGCCGCCACUUGUGACAACACGAGUUGCCGUUCGUCAGACAAGACGGCCAGCGUCUCGUGUUUCUCCGCCAGUUGCACCAGUUACAACAACAAACGACCGAUACGUUAUUGUGCCCAGUGUCACUCGAUCCGACACAAUAACCGACGAGGUGGAGACCACGUUUACCACUGUAACUUGACCUCGGCUUGGGAGAUGUCGCCGGAGAUGCAGAGCUACACCGUUGAGGCCAUCGUCAGUCUUUUGAAAGAAGCCCAGCCCUACAGUUUUGAGCGAAGUAGCGAAAGUAAUGACCGGCUCACUCGAGCCGGUCUCUGGCUCUGUGGCGAUUUGGACACCAUUUAUUCAUUCGGAUUGGAAGAGAGAAGAUUACUCAGUCGCUACGGUGUUUGGCUUCUCACGGCGGUUUGCAGACCUGUGCCGCAAGCCGCCAAAUCGAUUAUCGGCAGAUUAAUUGGUGCACUGUUUCAUUGGUUUGAUACUACUGCCCACGUCACGGAUGAUCAAGCUGGGAGUGUGUUGGAACCGUUAAAGUCGGAAAUGCUGCGCGAGUGGAUCGUUGAGGCGCAAGAAAAUCAAUUGGAUGUCCUUCUCGACUGUCUGAUGCCCUGGCCGGCUAGCUAUUCGCGCAUAGGGGGUAGCUGGGAUACCGGACAUUGUCCAAAAGCUGUUCACAUCAAAGAAGGGUUCAAUCGACUCUUUUGUCUCGUACCGUACGAGAUUAUCACCGUCGAUUUGUGGAACGACAUCGUGCCCCGUUGGCUCGAAUCGAUGGUCUCCACCGUGCCGUCUGAUGAGUGGAUUGAAUUCCGGAUCAUCUUGAGCAAACUGCUUGACUCUAGCAUGAGUCCUUUGGGUUUUGAUGCCCAGCAAAUGUUCCGUUUUCUGGCCGUUCGCUUCCGUGGAACUCAUUUGCGCGUCCAGCAACAGACGCUCAACUGGCUCCAGCUUCUUUCUUCCCUACACAUUGUCGUACCAAUUGAUCUUCUAGUCAAUAUCUUCCAAGAAGGUGUCAAUACCAGCAAAUUGGAUGACAACGACAUGCCGAAUUUAGAUACGGAAGAAAUUCGGCCAUUGUCGCCCGUUUCCAAUCAAAGUGUUCCAUCAUCGGAUCUACCUCUGAGUCUUCCCGAAAAGAGUCUUGCUUGCCAUGUUCUGAUGCUGGACAUACUGCUGGAACAAUUAGAAGUGCAAGAGGAGCCGAGCAACGGCGGGUUGUCUGGUGCGCCACUAGCCCAGCAUUGCCUAACUCUCCUGAAAGAUAUGAUCCACGUCCGGCAGAGCAUGUUACACAACUGCACUUCAGCCGAUUGCUACAUGUGCAGCUUAUUAACUUCGUGGUACCAGCUGGCCCAAGAGCUCAUUGCCUUCUUCUCUCCGCUGCACGCUGCCGUCGUCUGUGAAUGUCCAGAAGAGCUGGAAACGUGCGUCGAAAUGGCAACUGCCCAGUCAGUUCAACAGCAACAACCCAGUCCCGUUGAAAAGGUGGUUCAUAAACCUGAAGAGGCUGGGCCAACUGUUCAUCACCCAGAGCAACAACAGCAAGCGAAACAACUGGGUGAUGUCAGAACAGCCAAGAUGGAGACCGUCUCCGAACUAGAUCUUGCACCGAUCCUUCCGUCGGAAAGAGUCCUCAGAGCUGUGGCGAAUGCAGUAACCUGUACUGAAAAUGAAGUGGCCAAUUGCAAAGCGCAAGUUUCUCAUCCGGGCAUGUUGAGUGGCGACGAUCCACCUAGCGACCAUCAGGAUCAUCAACAACUGAAUCAGCAAUACUGGGUGACGACAGCUGGAAACUUCCGGUUUUCACUGGAAGAAUUACCCAACCAUCUCCAAUUGAUCUACGGAUUCUUGAAAGAGCUCUAUCAUUUAAUCCGGCCCGACACGCAACGACAUCUAUUGCGGUGUGUCGAAAUCCUUUGCCUUCAUUGCGAAGUCCUCAGCAAAUCGGCUUGUCGCGAACAUCCCGGCUUCCUCUUUUGGGUCCAGGAGAACCUCACGGUAGCCCAGUUGUGGAAUCUUCUCGAAAGUCAAACAUCCCACGUAGCGCAGACCGGUGCCUCUCUUUUGCUGCACUGUCUUACCCUUCCAGGCGGCUCGGAUGUCUUUUGGAAGAUCAUGGAAUCAGAUUUCCAUUCGCGUGAAUGGAAAACCCGCUUCUCAUCCGUUGAACGCAUGAUGUUGGUCUUCCAAUUUCUGGAUGAUGCCACCGUUAAGCAGAGUUCCAUUUUGCAAUCGAUCUUGACAAACGCAUUCUGCUUCCUCAUUUCAUCCAUGGACGAUAUCAAUUCGGCUGUAGCCAACAGGGCGACCAUUCUCCUGGAGAGUUUACACGAUGGUUCGCUGAAAUUGCUCUGUUGGUGUCUGGAACAACAGUUUGACAGUUUCAUCUGCGACAGACCGCUGUUGUUACAUUCCAUUAUGGCACUUCAUCACCACCCUUGGCUAACAAAACGCAAGAUCAUCUCGUGGAAGUUCUUCUUCAACCGUUUCGAUUCUCUUUAUUUGGAGGCUCAGUUGAGCUUGCAACGAGCUGGAGAACUGAUUGAACCCCGCGAUCUGAAGGCCAGUCACAUGUCAAACGAAAGCUUCAAUAAAAAGCUGCAAAAAGCUCGCGAGGCUAUCAGACGUUAUGCUCCUAGCAGACCCAGUUCUCCCACUCAGCAGCCGAGAAGUUUGAUGCGCUCUUUAAGCCUAUCGAAUCAUCGCAAUUUUGGCCGUCGCAAGUCUGCCCAGAAUUAUCAACAUCAUGGAGGGUCCAAGAGUUACAGCAGACAAGGCUCUUCAGCCCAGUUAAAACUGUUGCGAUCGAGAGGAGGUCUAGCUGGUGAUCGGAUGAACAAUCAACAGGCAUCCCAGGAAGAAGCCUAUGUAGCCCUUUUCAUGCAACGUUGCUCCGAGCUGGACGACUACGACGGAGAAACGCAUUCCUUACUGCUGACUACUCUGAUGCAAUUCCUUGCACAGCCUGAUCUCGCCCAGUUAAGUGAUGAUAAAUUCCAGUCGCAAAUUCAGAAUUUAGUUCUGCGUCAUUUGAGUCUUUUACUGGGAUACGGUCCGACCGAGAGGGCCUUCUGCGUGACGCCACAAAAGCUUAGAUCAUCGGCCACGUUCAACGCCUUUCUGUCGGCUCUUCCGCAAGUUCUGGAUCGCAAUUUGGCCAUUGGAGCGACUCUUUUACCGAUGACGUUAUCUCUGAUGAUCUUCUGUCCAGCGCCGCCAUCAAAAGCCAAUGGUCCUGGGGGCAGUUCUUGGUUGCAGUGUCAUGGACAGGCCGGUGUACCUAUUAUCAUGCACGGAUCCAUGAGUAGCGUAGGUUUUGCUUCUGGAUCAGCUGCUGCAGCUGGUUCUAAUAACGUUAAUGAUCGACACAACGGAUCAACUCCACAGAGAGCCUACAAACCAACCUACUCGUUGUGGUAUUUAGAGACCCAUCCACGUCGGAUGUGGUUGCAAACGGUUUUAGUUAUCCUGUACAAGUAUCGUUAUAAUCAACCGAAUCUGGCUCCCCUAGUACAAAGUAUAAUGCGAGUUGUCCUCAACACGCUGGAAUCGCAAUACCAUCGCUGUUAUCGCUACGGAGGUAUCGGAGCCACCUUGAGUCAUGGCCCUCCAUCGACAGCCCAGCAUCAGAUCCACGGAGUUGCUUCGGCGGCAACGAUGAGAAUGAGAGAUCAAAGUCAGGCUUCCUUGGAAGUUGACUCUCCCAAUGAUGCAGCCGAUGGGAAAGGGAGGCCAAAUGUUAUUGGACAUGGCGUUGGAGCAGUCCUGGGCAUAGCUGGCCUUGUCUGGGGUUCUUCAACUAUUCAACAUCAAAUUCAGUUUCAAGUCGCAUCGAAUAAGGCCAACAUCUCCUUGUCGUCACGACGCGAAUUGACCGGCAGUAUCUCAAGCGAAUGUGAUAUCGAUCAGGAUGUUGAUGGCGUCGAGUUAGAGGUUAUUCCCGAGAGUCCCAAGAGUAGUAGACCGGAUCCUGACUGGGAUCGUGAUUCACUGGCUGAAGUCGAGAUCCUCUCGGAGAUGUCACAGCAAGAACCCAAUGCUGCCACAGCUGCAUCAGAAGUUUCAUUAGCUACCUGUGUCCGCCAACCAUCAGGUGUAUACGAAGCCCACACGGUCGUAUCCCAUCGUCAAAUCAAUGCCGCUGAUGCUGCUGCAGCCGCUGCAGCGGCCACGGCAACACCUACGGGAGUCAGAACUCGUCAGAGAAAAAUCGGAAUUUCUAUGGGAACCAUGGGUUCCGAAUUGCCGUUCGUUGCCACAGAACAGUCAAAUCGCCAGCAGGCUCCGGCGGAACCUCAAGCACCUCAGCCUGUUCCUGCCAAUAUAACAAUACCGGCGUCCAUUAAACAGAGCUCUCUCCGCGUUGGUGACGAAGUAGCCUGUCACCGCUGCUCCAAAUGCAACGCGCCGUUCGAAGAGUUCAGCGAAGAAGAACUAGGUUUAUGUAUUGUCAUCAUAUCUACCUUUGUUCAUCGAGAACCUGCCUUGGCCGCCCCCAUGCUUCCGGAGAUUCUCCGCUGUAACGCCAAAUGGGCAGGGAGCACAACUUACACCUGGCAAAUGGGUAGCAAUCUGUACGUACCCGGUGAAGUUGGUGCUAUUGCGCGUCAGUUUCUCCGGUGCCUUCUGCACCAGUUGACGCCGAACAAGGUGUUUAUCCAACUGUUCCAGACUCAGGUGCCUGAACAGAUGAAACAAUCCUUCUUCAAGACGAUGGCAUCAGCGUUGACUGACUUUGCCGAGCUGACUCCAGCUGCACCCCUCCAGUUGUUGCUGGAAUCUCUGAAUGAGCAGAAACAAUUGUCACCAGCCCAAAUUGCCAUGAUUCUACCCAAUGUGGCCUGUUAUUUUGAGUGUUUACCACCGCUGGAGUUAAGCGCAGGAAUUUGGACGCCACUUUUCACUCAGCUAGAAAUUUUCUGCACUCGGCUUAUUCUAGUCCUGCCCUUGCUAAAUGGCAAUCCAGCUCACAGCAAUUCGCUUCUGAGAAUAAUGGCCAGCAGCAAUCGGGUGUCAGCACUCCAACUCGCUCCGUGUCGUAGUAGCAUUCUCGAGGCUUUCGCCAAGGUCGUGUUGUACAUCGUUCAGCAUUGGGCCGGCUUCGAUUAUAAGCAUAUAGUAGAACUAUGUCAUCUGGCCUUUCGAUCAUUUGUUAAAGAUCGUGAGAAGUAUAUGUUGACACGGACACUUGUCGAUGAACUAGCCUCCGUGAUGAAACUGAAAUCAAGUCUACCGGAUUCAACGUUAAUGAUUUUGGUCCAUUUCAUCUUGCAAGAUGCUGGAGGUACUUUGCCACCCCAUUGCCUGUUAAUGGACGACUCAGAUAAUAGUGCCAAUCAUCUGAAGGUGUCUUCAGCUGAUGGAUCUACUGGUAGUGGCAGCACUGGUGCAUUCGACUGCAUCCGACCACAUUUUAACGAUAUUAUGGACUUUUUGGCUGACGUUCACACGCUCAGCAAACUCAAAAGCAAUAGUCGGGCCAUGAGCCCUGGUCCAGGUUUAGAUGAAGAUACCCUCGGUGGAACUGUCAAAGCCGGGAUGGCACAACUUUUGGCACUAGAACUCGUCCGCGGUAACGGGAAAGAUAACAAAUGCCUUCAACGUUACAUGCCCUGGUUGCUAAAUCCGCCGUCGUCCAUCCAGCAAGGGCCACGGGAGUUCCUGGAAUGCGUUUGCCAUGUGAGACUGCUGUCGUGGUUGUUAUUAGGUGCAUUGCAACAUACAGCUCUGGUGACUCACACUCACUCGAAUGGGCCACUGUCCAUGCCAACGGGCGUAACGUUGAAUCCUUGCUUACCGUUACCCAUCGAAGUUUCCUGCUCCUUGGCUGAUCAUAUUCAGGGAAUAUUGGCUGGAUUCGCAGAACAAUCGAAGACUUCCGUCCUUCACAUGUCGUCUCUAUAUCAUGCAUUCCUUCUAUGUCAACUAUGGACGAUUUAUUUGGAGUUUAUGGCCGGCCAGCAGGGCAAUAAUUCAAACGCCGAGCAACAGGCUACCAUUUUCAAUGUUCUGGUAGACUUUUGGAGCAAAAUCACUCCAUCCGUUUUGCAAUUAGUAGCGCACUCCUCAGUGCUAACAGAGAUGGUCAAUUUACAUUUUUUGAGCCUCAUGGAAGCGUUGGCUGAGUGCAGAUCGUCGGUUUUGUCGCUUUUGCUACCCCUCUGGACACCAGUUUUGCAAGCACAAAAUUCACAGACACAGUUACCCGUUCAUUUGCAAGUUCGUUUACAAGCCUGCGUAGAAGGCUAUUCAAUGAACAUGGGCACGGUGUCGAACGGGGGUGGUAUGUGCGAAGGAUUAGAAACUCAUUUGGAAGGGUGGCUACUUCGUUGGCUACAAAAACUUCAGUUUAAGAUGGGUCAAAUAGAAAUUCAAUCCUCCACUGCUAGUCAGUUUUACAAUGUUUAGUUCUCCGCAUUGCAGAAUCCCAUUAUUUAGGUAUUUGUAUUUAAUGCAUCCCACGUAGCGCAGACUGCUUACUCUCUUUUGCCACACUCUGGUGGUUCGGGUGUUUUUUUGUUUUUUUGAAAUCGUUGUAUCAGAUUUCCAUUUACAUGAAUGGACAACCUGCUUCUCACCCCUUCCGACAACAACAAAAAAGAAAGAAGUCGGGCUUAUUUUAAUGUCCUUAUUUUCAAACCUGUCUGAAGUUGUUUUCUCGCCAGAUGGCGAUCCUGGAUCUCCUUUUAUUGUCUUAAAAAUUUUGAUGAAUAUGUGUUAGAUAGCUGUAUUGGUAUUGCGACAAUUGAUCGUUCAAGAGGUAGUAGUGAAAGUUACAUGCAGUUCUGUUUAGUUUGAA